AUGUCGUCCGUGAUCCUCCUCAAGGAGAACUUCAAGCCUUCCAAGCGGAUCGAAAACUUUUACGAUGGCGGCUCCAUCGCCAUGUCGGCUGACGGCCAGUUCCUCCUGUGCGAGGGUGGAUCUGGUGCUGAGGACAUGGAGGGGUCUGAUGUGACUCUUGGUGGCGCGCGUCUCGUCAACAUGGAGACCGGCGCCAUCGUCAGCUCCCUCAGUGGUGACUCCCAAGCCAUCACCUCGCUGUUGUUGCGCGACACCGCCGCCGGCCCGGCCGCUGAGGCCAUUCUGGCCAGCCGGAGCCUGCAGAUCCGCAUUGUGGACACCGCGUCUGGCCGCGUGGUUCGGUCCUUCAAGGCUCAUGAUGUCCCAGCUGUGACGAUGAUCUUGGACCGUUCGAACAGCCUCCUGGCCACCGGCUUCUCCGAUGGCACGGUCCGCGUUUGGGACCUCGAGCGUGGCUUCAUCACGCACCACUUCCGCGCCCACCGCGGUCCGGUGACCUCAUUGCUGUUUGUGCGCGAGGGCAGCGCCGCCACUUCUCGCUCGGUUGCCCAGGCCGCCAGCCUCAAGGGCGAUCUCAAGUCGGGCGAGCUCGAUGGUUGGGUCCUCGCUUCCGGCGGUGAUGAUGGUGUCAUCUGCCUUUGGGACCUGGAGUCCCGUGCCCUUGUGUCCUCCCUGCAGAGCCAUGUCAGUGCGGUGUCGGCCCUGAGUGUGGCCGCCGAUGGGUCACGUCUUCUGUCGGCCUCUCGCGACAAGGUCGUUUGUCUUUGGGAUGUGUCCCUGGCUCUGGCGGAGGGUCGCGCUCGGAGUGCCGGUUCCCGGGCCCCGGCCGACGUGCCGGUCGGUUGUGCUGCCGAUCUGCCCUCGGGUCAUAUCCUUUUCUUCACGGCCGGCGACCGAGGAACCGUGCGCGUGUGGAACGCCAACACCGGUGCUUGCAUCGGCGAGUCUUCCAAGGACUCCCCAAACCAGGCCUUCCACUGUGCCUUCCUCUCGGCGGAUAAGCGUCACGUCAUCGGUGUCACCAUCGACCGGACGCUGCUCUUCUACUCUCUGGAGUCCCCGACGCUUGCCCGGUCGCGACAGCUGGUCGGCAGCAACGACGCAGUCAUUGACCUGGCCUACGGUGGCCCGGAGGAGGAACUCAUUGUUCGCGUGUACAACACUCGCACCAACAACACUUCCCUGCUGUUUGGCCAUUCCGACGUGGUCCUGGCGCUGGCUUGCCAUCGUGCUGGCGGUGACCUCCUGCUGACCGGGUCCAAGGACAAGACGGCCCGGCUGUGGGAGCUCAAUGCCGAGACCGGGGAGUUCGCCCCGCGUGCCACGCUUGUCGGGCAUACGGAUGCCAUCACGGCCGUGGCCUUUGGCCGUCGGUCCCGGGGCUUCGCCCUGACGGCCAGCGAGGAUCGCACGGUCAAGUGCUGGGAUAUUGCCUCUGGGGCCAGCACCGCCGCCGCCCGGUACACGGUCAUCGCCCACGCCAAGGACAUCAACACGCUGGCGGUGGCGCCGAAUGACCGGCUCUUUGCCACCGGCUCGCAGGACAAGCAGAUCAAGGUCUGGGAAACGGAGACCGGUGCCCUGAGCACCGUCUUCACCGGGCACAAGCGCGGCAUCUGGUCGGUGGACUUCUCUCCCACCGAGCGAGUUCUGGCUUCGGCCUCCGGGGAUAAAACCAUUCGGAUUUGGUCGCUGGAGGAUGGAUCCUGCCUCAAGACCCUGGAGGGCCACACGAACUCCGUGCUUCGCGUGUGCUUCCUGAGCGCCGGUUUGCAAGUGGCUUCAGCCGGGUCGGAUGGCCUGGUCAAGCUGUGGACCCUGCGCACCAGUGAGUGCGUGGCUACCAUGGACGGUCAUGAGGACCGUGUGUGGGCGCUGGCCUCCGCCACCGAGGAGGAUGGCUGUCAAUUGGUGUCCGGCGGUGCGGACGCCGUGAUCCAGGUUUGGGACGAUUCCACCGAGAGUGAGCGUCAGUCGCGUCGCGAGGCCGAGGAGCAGGCCCUCAUGUGUGAGCAAGAGCUCUCGAACUACCUGCAUGUCAAGGACUAUCCGAAGGCGGUGAACCUGUGCAUCCGCCUGGGCCAGCCACGGCGUCUGUACACCAUCCUUUCGGAUCUGGCCAAUGGGGCGGCCAUCGCCGGUGCCGAGGACCCGAAGCAGGCCGAGGCCGACCGGUUGAGUAUCACCGGGUCGGCUGCCAUUGAUCGUCUUUUCCAGUCGUACCGUGGUGAGCGGCUUGCCAAGCUCAUCUCCUACGUGCGCGAGUGGAACACUCAGGCUCGUUUUUCGCUGAUCGCGCAGCGCGUGCUGAACCUGAUCCUGCGGGCGCACUCGCCGCGCUUCUUCCUGGACAAGACUAAGGGCUACCAUGGUCUGAGCCAGGACACCAUCGACGCGCUGUUGGCCUACUCCGAGCGCCAUGUCAGCCGCAUUGACCGUCUACUGACGCGUUCUUUCCUUGUGGACUUCUCCCUGGACUCGAUGGGUGUCUACAUCGCGGAGAACCCCCUGCCUGAGGUGACUGAGGAGGAGCCGGAGGCCGAUGCUGCUGCCCCGGGUGCUGCUCUUGACCGGCUGCUGGAUGCGGCCGACAGUGAUGAAGAGUAUGCCGGGGAUGUGCCGUUGAUUGCCCCCUCGCUGGAGGUGGACUCGGACGAUGGCGCCAGCUCUUCGGAUGACGAUGGCGAGGUGGUCUUCAACGAUGGCACCGGGGUCAAGCGGCAGGCGUCGACUUCUUCCAAGACUCAGCGCCCGGGGCCUGGCGGCAAGCGGGGGCGCCCGGCCGCCGACAAGGAUGCCCGCAAGCGCCGCUCGGUGAUGGCCUAA